AUGCAUUUGAGGGCUAAGUUCAAUAAAUUGGAAAAGAAUAAGGUUGAACUGAACAUGUGUACUAAGAAGUUGAAGAGAGAGGUGGAGAGGGUGGACGUCCUUACCUUCAUGUGGAGAAAGAUGGAAGAUGAGGAUUACACUGAUGGAUUGAUUAAUGAGAGCUUGAAUAGGCAAAGGAAAGCGGAAGAAAUUACAGAAGAGAAGAUGAGUUGCAUUACAAUCUCCACCAACAUUAUCAAGAAAUCCAUCCCUCUCUCUCUCUACAUGUCGAAUUCAUCAGCUGCAACGAAACUCCACCGCUCCAUCUCCUCUCUCACAUAUUCUUGCAAAGAGGUUUCCUUGAGAUACGGUGUAAGCCACUUGCAGACCAACCCAACCCACGUCCGCCUUUCACUUCGUCAUGUGUUAGCUGCCUUCGGUUCAUCUGAUCCACCUGCGACAAGCCCUCCGGAGCUACCGUCGAGGCCAACUCCGGAGACAUCCUCUUUUCCACCGGAGGUGCCUGCGACUCGUACAGCUCCGGAUAUCGAAACCGCGCCGCCGCCUGAAGUAGUGAUCCCCAAUCCUCCUCCUGCUCCUCCAUCUCAGAUACCGCCGAGGCCUAAUCCUGGGCCGGAAUUUCCGGGACCCCCAAUUCCGUCUCCGAGCAUUCCCGACAUUCCGAUACCAAAGCCGCCGGAUGUAGUGCCACCUCAACCGCCGGAUCAAAUACCGCCUAGGCCUCCGAGUAUCGACCCACCACCGUCGAUGCCUCCCGAUAUCAUACCACCCACGGGGCCGUUUGCAGUUUCUCUGCAACUAGUUGGUGAACCGUGA